GAGUCUGUCAUUUCAAGCAGGGUCUCUGUCUCCUUCCUUCAGUUUCUUCAUGUUUCAUCUUUAGUUAACACACAAAAAAACUUUUGUAUAUAUCUAACUUUACAUAUAUACUUUUGAGUGGUGGUGUCUGAUCGAGAUUCACCAAACCAUGGCUGUUGUUGUAACAUCUAACGGGAACGCACCGGCUUUCGAAGCCAAGCUGACUGUCUAUGUAUUCAUCUGCGUUGUCAUUGCUGCUUUCGGCGGUUUGAUCUUCGGUUACGACAUCGGAAUUUCCGGUGGAGUGACGGCUAUGGACGAUUUCUUGAAAGAGUUUUUCCCCGCGGUGUGGGAGAGGAAGAAGCACGCUCAUGAGAACAAUUACUGCAAGUAUGAUAACCAGUUCUUGCAGCUAUUCACAUCGUCUCUUUACCUAGCCGCGCUCGUGGCCAGCUUCUUCGCUUCAGCCGUUUGUUCUAAACUCGGAAGGAAGCCCACGAUGCAGUUCGCUUCUAUCUUCUUCUUGAUCGGUGUGGGGCUAACCGCAGGAGCCGUUAACCUCAUCAUGUUGAUCUUUGGAAGAAUCUUGCUUGGCUUUGGUGUUGGCUUUGGUAACCAGGCAGUGCCGCUUUUCUUGUCGGAGAUUGCUCCAGCACAGCUCAGGGGAGGUCUCAACAUUGUGUUCCAACUCAUGGUCACAAUAGGAAUCCUAAUAGCCAACCUCGUCAAUUACUUCACUGCCAAGGUACACCCUUACGGUUGGCGUAUUGCUCUCGGUGGAGCCGCGAUUCCCGCCGUUUUCCUCCUCUUCGGUUCACUGAUCAUCUGCGAGACUCCCACGAGCCUCAUCGAGCGCAACAAGAACGAAGAAGGCAAAGAGGCACUAAGGAAGAUCAGAGGAGUUGAAGAUAUAAAUGAAGAGUAUGAAUCUAUCGUCCAUGCUUGUGACAUUGCGAGUCAAGUCAAGGACCCUUUCAGGAAACUGUUGAAGCCAGCGAGUCGCCCACCGUUCAUCAUCGGAAUGCUUCUCCAGCUUUUCCAGCAGUUUACAGGAAUCAAUGCUAUUAUGUUCUACGCGCCUGUUCUGUUCCAGACAGUUGGUUUUGGAAGCGAGGCAGCUCUUCUCUCUGCGGUUAUCACGGGAACCAUCAACGUUCUGAGUACGUUCGUGGGGAUCUACCUCGUCGACAAGACUGGUCGGAGAUUCCUUCUUCUACAAUCUUCCGUUCACAUGCUCAUUUGCCAGUUGAUCAUUGGAAUCAUCCUAGCGAAAGACUUAGGCACGACAGGGACACUCGGGAAGCCACAGGCACUAGUGGUUGUGAUCUUUGUGUGCGUUUACGUGAUGGGAUUCGCGUGGUCAUGGGGACCUUUAGGAUGGCUGAUUCCUAGCGAGACUUUCCCACUAGAGACACGAAGUGCAGGGUUCGCUGUUGCUGUCUCGUGCAACAUGUUCUUCACGUUCGUGAUCGCGCAGGCGUUCUUGUCGAUGCUUUGCGGGAUGAGAUCGGGGAUAUUCUUCUUCUUCAGUGCUUGGAUCGUUGUCAUGGGACUGUUUGCGAUGUUCUUCAUACCGGAGACGAAAGGAGUGGCGAUUGAUGAUAUGAGGGAGAGUGUGUGGAAGCCGCAUUGGUUCUGGAAAAGGUAUAUGCUUGAUGAGGAUGAUGUGGAGAAGAGAAACUGAUUGAAGUCAAUAUGUCUCUCUUGUGUGUUUUUUCCUUUUCAUGUUUCUUGUUGAUGUUUGUAUAAGUCUUUCGUUGCUUGUGUUGUUUUCAUGGGAACAAAUAGUGUAAUAUACCAACCUGUUGUUUCAGGUUAGGUGUUUUUAUCAAUGAAAUUCCAUGAAAAUUUAAC